AUGUCCACCAACCUCAUUCAGGUGCCACUUAAGCACACCGCUGCCAUUGAUUUGGGAGCGGGGUUACGACAUGUGAUUGACAAGGACUAUUUCCAGCCGUCAUCACUAUUUGCAUCCGAUUUACAGACAGUGACAGCGACCCGUGACGUGGUGGCGGAAUUUUCUGACAGCAAAGUUGACUUCAAAUCACCAGAGGUGAUCUCUCAGUACCUCCAAAUUCUCGAUGCGCUAGCACGGAAGUUCCCUGACGACGGGAUCGAGUUCGGCUGGCUGCUGACGAUUGGCCAUGGGAGACUGGCGUUGGAGGCCGUCCACCUGAUCCACACUGAGCGCAUGAACGCGGUAUACCAAUUGGGAGCAAUCUACUGUGCGUUGGCUUUGAAAGAGUCUCGCUAUACCGAAGAUGGUCUCAAGAAACUGUGCAACUACUUUCAGUUAGCAGCAGGAACGUGGCAAUAUCUUCAGGGAAUGGUAGAAGCAACACCCAAUCGCGCCCCUCGAGAAUGCGACAGCAAUACGUUGGAAUGCCUUGAACAGCUAAUGAUGGCCCAAGCUCAGGAGUGUAUUUGGCAGACGGCCGUAGCAAAUGAAUUGAAGGACUCAGUGAUCGCUCGUUUGUCUAUGCAAGCGUCGCUAUACUACCAAAAGGCAUUUGAGAAGGGGACCCAAUCGCCACAGAUCAUUUUAGAAUGGCUAAAUCAUAUGAGAGUAAAGCAAUAUCACUUUGCUGCUGCUGCUCAUUUGCGUAUGUCUAAUGUGGCUCUCCAGAGUCAACAAUACGGUCAACAAGUUGCUCAUCUCAAAGUGGCUGCUGCUAAAUGUGCCCAAGCAUUCAAGCAUAAGCGAUACGUCAAUUCAUUUGUGAUUGAAGACUUGAGUGGGCUUGAUACAGUUAUCAAAGACACUCUAUCUGCUGCUGAAAAAGAGAAUGAUCUUAUUUAUCUACAGGUGGUGCCUCUGGAACUGGAUCUUAAGCCAAUUGUGGGUACCAAUAUGGUGGCGCCUGUGGUCCCUGAAAUCCUCAAACAAGGUUCGCUGGAAGAGAAACUAUUCGCCGACUUGUUGCCAUAUAUGAUUCUACAGGUGGCUCAAGCCUUCAGAGAACGUCAAGACGACUUUGUCGUUGCUGAAAUAACCAAUCCAAUUAACCAAGCUAACCAAAAAAUGCUUCAGUUCCUUAACGAACGAAAUUUACCGGCUUCAAUCGAUGCUAUUCAACAGCCAGAGAACUUACCCGAUUCGCUUUUGCAACAUGCAUGGGACAUCAAGCAGAGAGGCGGGGUGGAGGCUACGGAUAAAAAGAUUGCCGAGGUGGCCGAAUUGGCAUUCAAACUGGAGCAACUCGUACGAGAGUGUCGAGGCCGACUUGAUAUGGAUGAGUCGGAAGAUCGCCAAUUGGUGUCGAUGUAUGGUCAAAGAACGCGACCGCCAAUGGAAGUGGCAGCCCAGGAUAUCAUUGGUAAACUUGAAAAGCUUGAUUCUUAUUUGAGUCAGGCCAAAGUGGGAGAUGCUCACCUUCGCCAGCUGUACGCCACCAUGAAGGUUGACCUUGAGGUGUACAGUGGUCCGCAAGAGCAAUUACAACAAGUCAUCCCCGAUUCCAAGUAUGUUGCGCUUGAUUCUCAGGUAACAAUGACGAUCCGGACUCUCCGUGAGCUAUUAACGCAGGUUGACAACCUAAAAGCCGAAUCAAGUAAACUUGCAGACGAGGUGGAGAUUCGUGGCCGAGACCAUAAUAUUUUGCCGAAAAUCAUUGAGCAGUAUAAGCGAGACAAACUGGCGGCGUACAAUGACGACGGAUCAUUCAACGAGCGAGUGUUUGAACCAGUGUACGAAGAACACCUUCGCAUGUACAACCCCGAUCUUGAACAUGUGCAUAACCUCAUUCAGCGACAAAGACAGUUGCAAGAGCAAAUAUCCAAUGCUUAUGCCGACUUUACCACAAUAUGGGCUGACCGCAGCAGCGAGUCUCAAACCCGGAGGGAGAAGGUGCUCCUGCACUUUGAGAGCGUUUACAUCAGCUACAUUGAGCUUUUAGGUCAUCUUGAGGAGGGGUCAAAGUUCUAUUGCGACUUCUUGGUUAAAGGCACCGCUGUCGUCCAGGAAUGUGAGCAGUUUUUAGCCCGACGGCGGGUAGAAGCGCAAGAGAUGGAGGCACGUAACCAGCACGGCAUGUUCCCCGGGGUGUGGAGACUGCCAACGGCUCCAGAAUAG